UUCACUCAGUUGCGUCCACAGUUAGCUUCCACAGUUAGCUUUAAGAUGGGUUUCAUAUAGGAAAACAAAAUAGUAACCGGUUAUUCAUGCUUCUCGGACUGACAGGCCCCUUUCUCGCCAAGCGAGAGUAGCGACACCUUUCGCAGGAUGCAGCCCCUGAAAGAUGCCCAGCUGGGGGCUUUCACAUUCUUUGCCUCGGCUCUUCCCCAUGAUGUCUGUGGGAGCAAUGGCCUUCCGCUCACCCCUAACUCCAUCAAAAUCCUGGGACGUUUUCAAAUCCUUAAGACCAUCACCCACCCCAGACUGUGCCAGUAUGUGGAUAUCUCCAGAGGAAAGCAUGAACGUCUCAUUGUUGUUGCUGAACACUACGAGAGCAGUUUGAAUGAUUUCCAAAAACAUGGACACAAAGUCAGCCCAGAGAGGGUUCGGCAGAUUGCCUACGAGGUCCUGGAAGGUCUGGCUUUCAUGAACAAACAUGGUUUGGUGCACAGAGCCCUCAGUGUCCACAAUGUGCUCCUGGACUGCAAGGGAAAAGUCAAGCUGGCAAAGUUUGGCCUCUAUCACAUGACUGAUCACGGCGCUGAUGUGGACUUUCCUAUUGGGUACUCAUCAUACCUUGCUCCAGAGGUGAUUGCUCAGGGCUCCUUUCACCCAAGUGAUCCUUCCCACGAUGAAGCACCGCGACCUUCGGGACCUAAAACAGAUGUCUGGUCGCUGGGAGUUCUGCUCUUUGAAUUGUGUGCUGGUCGAAGGCUGCUGCACAGCAUUGACAUAAGUGAAAGACUGAAGUUCACUCUAACUCUCGGCUGUAUGGAUGACAUCGUCACUGUCCUUGCUGAGGAGCACGGUUGCCUGGAAACCAUCAAGGAGCUGCCCGAGAAUGUUCUGGAGCUACUACGGAAAUGCUUGACCUUCCUUCCUUCCAAACGGCCCACCCCUGCCGAGCUGCUCAGGGACCCGGUGUUCGAUGGCGUGUCUUGCCUCUACACACCGUUCCAAAAGCCUGUGAGCCUCUUCUCAUCCUCGCUACGCUGUGCACAUCUGGAGCUCCCUGAGGACAUCGCCAGUCUUUGCAAAGAUGAUGAUGACGACUACCUAUCCCAGCGGGCCAUAAACGAGGUGUAUCACCUGUGGUGCCUGGCAGGGGGCGACCUAGAGAAGGAGCUGACUAAUAAGGAGAUCAUACAGUCCAAACCUCCCAUCUGCACACUGCCCAAUUUUGUCCUGGAGGAAGGGGAGUCAUUUGGCCAGUGGAGGGAUCGGAGUUUCUUGCUGGACGACACAACAGUGACACUUUCUUUGUGCCAGCUCAGGAAUAGACUAAAGGACGUGGCAGGAGAAGCUUACUUCCCUCUGCUGGAGGACGAACGAUCUAGUCUGACGCAUUCAAACAGCGCCAAUGAGCUGUCGGCUACGGUCACGCUGCCGCUCAUCAUCCGCGAGAGAGACACCGAGUACCAGCUCAUCCGCAUCAUCCUCUUUGACAGGCUACUCAAGGCUUAUCCUUACAAGAAGAACCUGGUGUGCAAAGAGGCCAGGGUGGACAUUCCGCCUCUUGUGCGUGGGCUGGCAUGGGCUGCACUGCUGGGCAUUGAGGGGGACAUUCAGGCCAAAUACGAAAGCGUAGACAAGGAUACACCCAUUCCAACUGACAGACAGAUCGAAGUGGACAUCCCGCGGUGCCACCAAUAUGAUGAGCUGCUGUCGUCUCCACAGGGUCACAUCAAGUUUAGGCGGGUCUUGAAAGCCUGGGUGGUCUCCCAUCCCGACCUUGUCUACUGGCAGGGUUUGGAUUCACUUUGCGCCCCGUUUCUUUAUCUGAAUUUUGACAAUGAGGCUUUGGCAUACUCUUGUAUGUCCGCCUUCAUCCCAAAAUACCUCUACAACUUUUUCCUGAAGGACAACUCGCACGUCAUCCAAGAGUACUUGACAGUCUUCUCCCAAAUGAUCGCCUUCCACGACCCCGAGCUCAGCAACCACCUCAACGAGAUCGGCUUCAUCCCAGAUUUGUACGCCAUUCCCUGGUUCCUGACCAUGUUCACACACGUGUUUCCACUGCACAAGAUCUUCCACCUGUGGGACACGCUGCUGCUGGGGAACUCCUCUUUCCCCUUCUGCAUCGGUGUGGCCAUAUUGAAGCAGCUCAGGGACCGCCUCCUGGCCAAUGGCUUCAACGAGUGCAUCCUGCUAUUCUCUGACCUGCCAGAAAUUGACAUUGAGCGCUGUGUUCGUGACUCCAUCAACCUCUUCUCCUAUACACCAAAAAGUGCCACGUACAGACAACACGCGCAGCCUCAGAAGGUGUCUGGUGAGAAUGGCUUCGGGAAAAAUGUGGCGUACUACUCGUCUGAUUACCAGGAUUUCCCCAAGACGGAUCUUUCUCGGGAGCCUCUGGCACUGUUCGACCUGAAAGCUGAAGUGUCCCCUCGCAUCUCAGCAGAGGACUUUAUCGACCUGUGCGAGAUAUCAUUCCCCGGAAGCAACAGGACCAAAGGCAGCAAGCCGAGAAUUAUUGCUGUUGACAUUCGCAGCGCGGAGGACUUCGGCAGGGGUCACAUGUCUGGCAGCAUCAACAUCCCCUUCAGCGCAACGUUCGGUGCCAAUGAUGAGGUGCUGCAGUGUCCUGCGAUGGGGAUCCUCCAGAACUACGGUGGACGGGUAGUCAUCGUCAUCAGUCAUGCCGCAAAGACGGCUGCUGUGUUUGCGGCACACCUCGUCAAGGUGAACGUCCCACUGGUUUGCAUCCUGGAUGGAGGGAUCAACAAGCUGAAGCUCACCGGACUCCUGACAGUCCCUUCCCCUCAGAUCUGACUUGAGUUGUUGAUUCAAUCGGCGGGAAAAAAAGACAUGUAAUUGGAUCCACUCCCACAAAUAAUGCAAUGCAUGUAGCUUGGCUUUGCUCAUUAAUAAGAAGAAAGAGUGGAACCUCUAAAGCCCAAUGCGGUUGACUUCAACCAAAACAACCAAAACACCUGUUUUUGAAAAAAACAACAACAGGUGUUUGAACACAGUCAUGGAAGAUUCGGCUUCAGCUCAGUGAGUAUCUGAACAAUUGUAAUGAAUUAAUACACUGUAAUUGCCACAUAGUAGCUGUUGGUUCCCCCCAAAAAACUUAACUGAAUGAAAAUGACUUGGAUUUAUUUUUCUCAUUUACAUAUUACUUACUUUUU